CACUCGUGUAUUUAAUAGUUUUAUUAGAGUAUACAUAACAUAGGUAUAACCUCCUCUUUGAAGACUGUUAAAAAUAAAAAAAAGCAAUCGUUCGAGCUUUAUGAGGUAGGUAAAUGGUAAGAGAUUUGUGCACAUACUAUUACAUUUGCUUACCAACGUAAAGGAGGAGGCAAACCCAGGUGUAAUAAGUAUGUAUUAUUUAAUCUGAAUAAGAUCUACAUUUCAGUGUUAUUAAAUUUUACUACAUUAUAUCUUAUAUGAAGUAGAUAAAGUUGAUAUUGCGUGAUCUCGGUAUGUUGCUAAGUUAUUUUUCCAGCAACCUGGGUGGUAGAUCUGACAAAGCAUUUUAGCAAACCCGUGCCCUAUUCCCUAAUUGGUAUACCGUCACGUGGAUGUAGUGCUAUUUAAGAGAUCAUCUGCAGGGACUGGAUCACAACAAUUCUUCAGCUAGAAGCAGUCACAUCCAAAUUUGGAAGUACAUACCAAAGAACCACCAAUCUUCUAAAAUGUCCAAACACACUGCUGACCAUAUUUUCCCUUCGGAGGACGAAUCGUCGGACGGGGUGCAGAUGAAGGUCAAGACAAAGGAGAACAAGAAACGUAAAUCGUCGCCAACGCGCAGCCCCCAGCCGUCUACCAGUAAGAAAGGCAAGACAGUUAUUCGCCCCAUCCCUCCUAUUACCAAGUCUACGGCUCGCGAGGUGUUCGGGAGUGACAGCGACGACGACGCGGUAGACGCACCCGCGGAGAAGAAGCCUCCGAUGAUUUACUCCUAUGUCACACGGAGGCUGGCCAACGGUUUUUCUCGUCAAAUAGAUGAGAAUAAAAAAGGUGCGUUCUACAUAGAACUUAAAGUAUACAAGUGUGACGAGAUAGAGCGGAUUCAACCCGUGAAUAGGUGGCGUCACUCGGUGAUAACAAUAAAAAAUAAAACUGACGAAGAUUCUGAAUCGUGGAGGCACUUGAAUGAAUUCAUUAUAAGUACUAGGCGGGAGUUCAAACGCUGUACUCCAACGUUUAUAAGUUCAUACCAAUAAUUAAGUACCAAUGUAUUAUACUCAAUUAUUGGUAUGAGAUAUUAUAUUAUAAUCAG